CUCAGUUUCCGAACGCGCAUCGCGCCGGCCGGACACACCGUGCGUUUGCCGAACAUUAGACUAAAGUUACUUUUUUUUCUCUCUUUUAUCGAGUGGCUGUGAUAGUCGUUAAGUGAUAUUUUAAUAUAGUUCUAGGUUACCAGUUACUGUUAAGCCGGUCGAAGCACACAGAAAUGUUUAUAGACGAGAAUGAGACGCCGGAGUCAUGGUGGGUGUCGGCAGUACUGAAGACCAUCCGCGCAGUAGCGCUGGUCUUCGACAUCCUCACCUUCCCCGUCCACCUCAUUGUACAGAGGCCGUGGAGGAAGCGAGCGCUAUCCAGACGAAUUAAGGCUCGUAUAAUCCAGACAACACAGAACAGCGUGACAGUGCGCUCGGUGUCGUCGCCAUGCGACCUGCACCUGCGGCUCAUCCGCGACGGCGUCACGUCCAUGGAGAGCAUGCUGCGAGCCGCGGCCGCGCGCUGGGCGGACCGGCCCUGUCUCGGUACGCGUACUGUGCUCAGCGAGGAGGACGAGCCACAGCCUAAUGGAAGAGUCUUCAAAAAGUUCAACAUGGGUCCGUACGAGUGGCGCACGUACGUGGAGGUGGAGCGCGAGGCGCGUCAGUUCGGCGCCGGCCUGCGCGAGCUGGGCUGCGCGCCAAGGCAGAACGUCGUCAUGUUCGCAGAGACACGCGCCGAGUGGAUGCUGGCCGCGCACGGCUGCUUCAAGCAGAGCAUUCCUGUGGUAACAAUCUACGCGACACUAGGCGACGAGGCGAUCGCUCACGGCAUCAACGAGACCGACGUGUCCACCGUCAUCACCACCUACGACCUGCUGCCCAAGUUCAAGAAGAUCCUCGCCAAGACGCCCAAGGUCGACACCAUCAUCUACAUGGAGGACCAGCUCAAGACCAUCGAUAGGGAAGGCUAUAAACCCGGCAUUAAGAUCAUUGGUUACAAAGAGGUCGUGCUGAAGGGAGCUUCCUCGAAAAUUGAGCCAGUCCCUCCGUCUCCCUCGGACACAGCCAUCAUCAUGUACACGUCGGGCUCGACGGGCGUGCCGAAGGGCGUCAUCCUGUCGCACCGCAACAUGCUCGCCACGCUCAAGGCCUUCGCCGACGCCAUGCCUAUCUUCGACGGAGAUGUGCUCAUGGGAUUCCUGCCCUUGGCUCAUGUCUUUGAACUGCUGGCUGAGAAUUUGUGUAUGAUUGGAGGCGUCCCGAUCGGCUACUCGACGCCGCUGACGAUGUUGGACACGUCCAGCAAGAUCAUGAAGGGCACCAAGGGAGACGCCACCAUCCUGCAACCCACCUGCAUCACCACUGUUCCUUUGAUAAUGGACCGCAUCAGCAAGGGCAUCACGGACAAGGUGUCCCGCAGCGGAGAGUUCGCCAGCGCCUUCUUCAAGUGGGCUUACACGUACAAGCAGACCUGGAUGCGACGCGGGUACGACACACCCAUACUCAACAAACUGAUGUUCUCCCGCAUCCGUCAGCUGCUGGGUGGCAAGGUGCGCAUGAUGAUCUCCGGCGGCGCCCCGCUGUCGCCCGACACACACGCGCAGGUCCGCAUCUGCCUGUGCUGCGACGUGGUGGCGGGCUACGGGCUGACGGAGACGACGUCCUGCGCCACCGUCAUGGACCCGCACGACCGCUCCACCGGCAGGGUCGGGGCACCUACCACCGGCACUGACAUUCGUCUACUCGACUGGGAUGAGGGCGGCUACCGCGUCGACAACAAGCCGUACCCACAGGGUGAAAUAGUGAUCGGCGGCGACUGCGUGGCGGAGGGCUACUACAAGAACCCCGAGAAGACCAAGGAGGAGUUCAUCGACGCCGAGGGACGGCGCUGGUUCAAGUCCGGAGACAUCGGCGAGCUGCACCACGACGGAUGCAUUAAAAUUAUUGAUCGCAAGAAGGACCUAGUAAAACUACAAGCCGGCGAAUACGUGUCCCUCGGCAAAGUGGAAGCGGAACUCAAGACUUGUCCCAUCGUGGAGAACAUCUGUGUGUACGGCGACAGUUCCAAGUGUUACACGGUGUGUCUGCUGGUUCCUCACCCGCAGCACCUGGCUGAGCUGGCGGCGAGGGCUGGUCUGCCGGAGAUGGACUUCGAACAGCUGUGCCAGAACCCUAGUGUUGAAAAGGCUGUGGUGAAGGAGUUGGCGGAUCAUGCUAGGAAAUGCGGCUUGGAGCGGUUCGAGGUGCCGGCGGCGGUGAAGCUGGUGACGGAGGUGUGGUCGCCGGACAUGGGGCUGGUGACGGCCGCCUUCAAGAUCAAGCGGAAAGACAUCCAGGAGCGGUACAAGGAGGACAUCAAGCGCAUGUACGCCUCCUGAACAUUCUGUACAUAUUCACUUUACCUCUAAAUAUCCUAGUGUGUAUUAUUGUAAUACUAAAUUUUCGCUUGUGAGACUGCGGACGGAUGAUCGGCACGUUCAAUGUAUAAAAACUAAGUACACCGUUUGACUGGUCGAACGCUUCUGAUGAGAUUCUUUGUGUAAAUUUAAAAUUAUGUAGAUCUGAUGUGGUGAAUGCGCUGCGCGUGAUUGGGGAGUAAAUUUUACGUCAUUAUUAUAGGAUUCCUCGGAUAUCGUGUAGAUAUAUUGGCCUAGCAUCUCAUGUGUAGAUAGCUAUUGUCCCUACCAUGAAAACCAUAGUUUUGUUCCUACGCGUUUUUAAAAGACAAAGUAACCGUUUCGUGGUCGGGACGAAACAUCGCUAGACUAAGAUAAUUGUAUUAGUACUUAGGGGGAUCGGGGAUAGUGUUUGCAAUCUAAUAAUAAUAAUUUUGCAAUAAAUACAUUUUUGUUCAUCUGUUUAUUUGUAUUAUAAUAAUGAUGACUCAUUUAAGAAAUGAGUGUUCAAGGCGAGCUCAUUGUGUUGCAUAAUGUUAGCAAAAUGAUAUGUUUUAAUGUAUUAAUGUAGUACGAUUAUGUUGACACAUGAUGCAUUCGUACAAGCAUAAUAAAACAUUCAUGAUUAUUUGUAGUUAACUAUAAGAAAACUUAUUAAUUACUUUGUGAAUAUCAUGUAACAAUUUUAUCAUUGUACAACUACGUGAGGCGUAGUGAGCAAGAUGUGUGCGUGUCAACAUAAUUAGAUCGGAUUAUAAAUUUGUUGAUUAGUUUUUAUUGUUUUGUAAAUCAUGGCUGAUGUUAUAGUUUAGCGUGAAACUACGGACAGGUAGGGCUAGUCAGUGUUACUCAACAAUGUUGCAGCAUUUUAACUUCUGGCCGCAUUUCGCUGAGCAUUUACAAUUACAUCCCUUUUUAAUAUAAUACUAUUUUAAAUAAAUUGAGUAAUAUAAUCAAUGUUACCUGAACAAACAUAAAAUUCCAUUGAUGUAUUUAAAUGUGAGAACUCGAGUGUUACUGUACGGUAUCUUUAUAUUUUUCGAUGUAAUCAUAUUGUAAUAAAAUAAAUUGUAACAAUCUUGAUGUAACAUCAGUGUAUGUUGGUAGGUCGUUUGCUCAGUUUGACUGUAACUUUGUGUUUGAAAUUCUUAAGCAUUGCAAUGAAAACCAAUUUUGUAUUAUUUAUUGAAUAAAUGUUAAUAAAAUCAUUA